GAUUUGCACAAGGGGCCGCUUCAAGGAGGUGAGGCUGGAGGAGCGGCAGCCGCGGCACUGUGCGCAGGCGCGGAACUGACGGGACGGACCAGGCGGCGGUGGCGCUAGCUGGUGAGAGGAGAGCGAAGGUCCGAGGUCUAAAGAAAGCCCCUUUUGCUGAAGGAACACAUUUGCUGGUAUAGUUUCAUAAUGCCAAGUACUUUGCCCUUCUGGAUCUUAAAAAAUUCUGCAAGGAGCGGCAUUGCCACGUUACAGGGGGGCAAACGUUUAUAUUCAAGGUGGGCCUCAAAUGGAAAUGAAGCAAGUUGGAGACUCUUUUCCCACCUACCAAGCACCAGAAAAAGCAGUGUCCCGUGCAGUGGCUUCACUCUGCAGAAAGCCUCCAGACAUACAUCAACAGAGGAAGAUGACUUUCAGUUGCAGCUCAGCCCUCAGCAGGUAAAUGAAGUUCUGAGAGCUGGCGAGUCAGCCCACAAGAUUCUUGACCUUGUCAGUGGAGUCCCAAAUUCUGUGUUACGGUUUGAGAGCAACCAGCUGGCUGCCAAUUCCCCAGUGGAAGACCGUCGAGGUAUCGCUACCUGCCUGCAGACCAAUGGUCUGAUGUUUGGCAUCUUUGACGGACAUGGUGGCCAUGCGUGUGCUCAAGCAGUGAGUGAGAGGCUCUUCUACUAUGUGGCUGUGUCACUGAUGUCCCAGCAGACCCUGGAGCGGAUGGAGGGAGCUGUGGAAAGCAUGAAGCCCCUGCUGCCCAUCCUGCAUUGGCUCAAGCGCCCAGGGGACAGUAUCUACAAGGAUGUCACGUCCGUGCACCUCGAUCACCUCCGUGUCUACUGGCAGGAGCUGCUUGACCUGCACAUGGAAAUGGGACUCAACAUUAAGGAAGCAUUAACGCAUUCCUUCCAGAGACUGGAUUCUGACAUCUCGCUGGAAGUCCAGGCGCCCCUGGAAGAUGAGAUGACAAGGAACCUUUCACUCCAGGUCGCCUUCUCUGGGGCAACAGCUUGCAUGGCCCACGUGGAUGGAGUUCACUUGCAUGUGGCAAACGCUGGUGACUGUCGGGCCAUCCUUGGGGUCCAGGAGGACAAUGGCAUGUGGUCUUGUCUACCCCUCACCUGCGACCAUAAUGCCUGGAACCCGGCCGAGCUGUCGCGGCUGAAGAGGGAGCACCCUGAAUCAGAGGACAGGACGGUCAUCGUGGACCACAGGCUGCUGGGCGUCCUCAUGCCCUGCAGGGCCUUUGGGGACGUCCAGCUGAAGUGGAGUAAAGAGCUGCAGCACAGUGUCCUGGAGAGGGGCUUUGACACCGAGGCCCUCAAUAUUUACCAGUUCACCCCCCCGCACUACUAUACUCCCCCCUACCUGACUGCCAAGCCUGAGGUCACCUACCACAGGCUGAGACCCCAGGAUAAGUUCCUCGUGCUGGCCUCGGAUGGUCUGUGGGACGUGCUGGGCAAUGAAGAAGUGGUGAGGCUGGUGGUGGAGCACCUGGCGGAAGCAGGUCGGCACAAGCCAGACCUGGCCCAGAGACCUGCCAACCUGGGACUCAUGCAGAGCCUGCUGCUGCAGAGGAAAGCCCAGGGGCUCCACGCAGCCGACCAAAACGCGGCCACACGUCUGAUCAGACACGCCAUAGGGACCAAUGAGUACGGGGAGAUGGAGCCUGAGCGGCUGACAGCGAUGCUGACGUUGCCAGAGGACUUGGCGAGGAUGUACAGGGAUGACAUCACUGUCACGGUGGUGUAUUUUAACUCAGACUCAAUAGACACCUAUUACAGGGCGGGUUGAGAGGCUCCCGUCUGGCCAAGGUUAACUUAAAUGCUUUGCUAAGACAUUUUUCAUUUAUCCUUAAGCUGGCUCUUCAGACCUUACUGUUAAAAAGGCAGGCAGAUGUCGCUUGCUUAAAAAUAGACUGACGUGAGCGAAAAAAACCAGCCUUGGUUUAAAAACAGUAGCAGUGAUUUCAUGUCCCCGUGUGUUUUGGUCACCUUUUCCAGGUAGAGAGGGCAGAGCGUGGAGAGCAUAUGGGCUUGGGCCCAUAGCCAAAGCCCUUUUAUAAAGACACUGUUGUUAAACUCAGCCUGAGCCUUCCGAGGGUAGGUUUAAUCAUCGUUCUGAGAAUGUAAAGAACUUCAGGAUUUUCUGAGGUUAUGCCGCAAAAUCAGCACACUUGGCAGUUUUCCCCAGUUCACAGUCGUGGACAGCUAGACUAUGAAGGAAGGUUUUGUUUAGUUUUUAUUUUUAAAUUGCUAAGACCUAGGUUUACAAAGCAUAUUCUAGAAUACUUUUCUAUGCAACAUUCGAACUUUUUUGUGUGACUCUACUUGUGAAAACAUUAUGUGAUGCUACACCCUCGUUGUGUUUUAGUUUGGCCUAAAACCAAGUCCUCAGAGUUGCAAACCGGCCUGCUUGUAAGCAUGCUUGGAAUGACUCGUCUUGGUUUUCAGCCGAGAGGGGUGAGGGUGGGUAAGGCCUCUGCACCAGCUGAAUUCACUUGUGCAGCUGGCGAGCGCUUCUGCUGUGUCUCACCCCUUGAACCUUGAGCCAUACUAGGAGGUAACUUCUGUCUAAGCCUUAAUUCCUGGCCUUCCCUGCGUUAAUAAAAUACCCUCCAGGGCUUAGCCUCUGGGCAGGUUAAUUGAGAGCACUUAGCCUUUCUGAUUAUACCUCUCAAGCGUUCUUCUGUGAAUUCCACCUAAUCCUCCUGCCUCUGCUCUGC